AUGGACGGUGCAGCGAAUACGAUCGAAAAUGGCCCAGUGAAAGAAGAAAAAGCAGUAGCUCACGAACCACACGUCACAAGAACGUCUCCGUGGUCCUCAGACGGCGGCCUGGCCGUGGUGCGCGUGAAACCCCUUGCCGCGGAGGAGGGAGGCGCGGCGUCUUUGGCCGCGGCGCAGCAGCAGGGCAAAGGAAACCACAAAGAGCUGCGCACUGCUGGCACCUCUCCUGCAGCGCGGCCUGUUGGCGCCGGCACUGCGACCGGAGUUGUGAGUGAAGAGCAUGAAGAUCGUGGCAGCGAUGUCAAGGCUGAUGACGUCGCGGCCCCUGCUAGUUUUCUUGUCGAUGCGGAAGAACUACAGAGGCAACAAGAUGUUUCCUCGUCUCUCACCGUCCACGGUCGCACAUUUGACUAUCCGCAGUUUGUCUUCCAGGGCACCAGUGCGACGCAGCAAGUUGUGUACGAGCAGUUCAUGCCGCGGCGAAUCGAGGAUUUCUUCUACCGAGGAAAAAACUGCAACAUUAUCGCGUACGGGCAGACCGGCAGCGGCAAAACGCACACCAUGUUCGGCCCGCCCGGGAUGAUGGGCAAAGCGGGAAAAGCAGAUUUCGACCUAACCGGGUUUCUCACACCACCAGCAAGUUCGCCCGCUAGGGAGACAACAAAAAACAACAAAACUACACCAGCAUUGCACAACAAUCUCGGGCCCGAGCAGCAGAAUUUGUGGCUGUGCCCGCGCGGGAUUCUGGAAAUUUUCCGCCUCGUGCAGCAGGAAAAGCGAGGUCGGAAACUGGUUCUCACCGGAUCCGCUGUGGAGCUGACGGCAAUGGACGGCAAUUUGGAUUUGCUACUGAAACAAAAGCGCAAAGCCGCGGACGGAGCCAUGUUCGGACGGUUUACCGGGGCGAGCGGCGUCUCGCUGGACCGGACCUGCAGGCCGAGCCGACUGUGCGGCAUGACGCAGAUUUUUCUGGAUACGCUCGACGACAUAAAAGUGCUGUUCAGCGCGAUCAGUACGCGCAACACUUCCGCGACGGGGUUGAACAGCACGUCCUCACGGAGUCACUGUUUCGUCUUUUUGUGGUUGUACGAACUGGUUGAUGAAAUAAAUCAAAAUGGAAGUUGUAGAACUGCGCAGACAAGCUCGGUAUCAACAUCGUCGUCCACAGGUAGUACAACGACAAAACCUUUUCUAGCCUCCUCCCGCUUCCAGUUUGUCGACCUGGCCGGCUCGGAGCGACUGGAAGAAGCCCACGACGGCAAUGCGAACUGGCGGACCGGGGUGGCGGGCGUGAUCGAGGGCUGGUUAACAAAUUACAGUCUGAUGAUGCUGUCCUCCUGCGUGCGGGAGUUGGCGCAGACGAAGCCGGAAAAGCGGAAAAAUUUUUCGCUAAGGCUGUUCAUGGUGGACGUGGUGUUUCUCUUGGAGGAAUCCUCGCUCAAUUCCGACCCCAACUCGGAAUCGAAAACGCUGAUGAUUGUCUGCAUGUCCGCGGCGGAGAAAAAUUCGCAGCAGUCCCGGUUCGCGCUGGAGUUUGGCGAGACCUUCGCGAGUCUCAGCUUGAGGAAAAACCGAGUGGGGGACCACGGGGCAUCGUCGUCACGUCUGGAAGAAGACGGAACUUUAUUUGUAAACGAGGCAAUCCAAAAAGCGGAGGUUCUCGAGGUGGUGCGGAAAAAGCACUUGAAGAUUUUUGAAGAAAACAAAGCGAACCUCCCGGUGCUGGAAGACGGGAUUUUCGCUGGGAAAAAGCACAAUCGAUACGUCAUGGUGCGUGCGGCGCUGGCAAAGGACGCGAAAUUUAUGCUAGAAGUGAUCGACAGGAUCACCACGGGCGGUGGUGGUGGUGAGGCGGCUGGUGCUGCGAGCAGCAGCGGCGCAGGAAAUACAAGCGGUAGUUUGAAUGGAAUCACGGUGAAGAAUGCAGGUUCUGCAGCAAGUAAUGAAUGCGUUGCAGAGCAAGCGUUGUCGUCCAAACACAUCAUGGAAAGCGAAGCUGAAAUGUCCAAAAACGUAGAAAACUCGUCAUCAAUUAUAGCUGUGCCGUCUUAUGCGCAAGCAGAAGCAAGAGAU